UCUGCAUCUCCACAGUCAGAGAACGAGAGCAUCAUCAGAGAGCGGUCAGGGAGGGUCUCCAUUAGGCGCUCGAGGUCCGCCUCACUCUUCAGCGGAGUGUCCCGCCGCGCGUCCGUCGCUCUGUCUGUCUGCCUGUCUGUCUGCCUGCCUGUCUGCCGCUCUGUGGGUGAAGGGGCUCAGCGCCGGGAUGCUCUCCUCCCUCCUUGAAUCAACGCUUUCCUCUCCCGUCAUCCGGACGGGAUGCUGCGCUCUCGACCCAGGGCUUCUCCCGUUCUCUGGCCACUAAAGUUGGACCCUGUGCGCGGAUUAAACGCCGCUCUUCGCGCUCCCUCCCCCUCCCUCCCCUCCCUCCGUCUCUUCGAUCCGGAACAGCCCAAUCGUUUCCCAUCGUAAAGCAGCCUCGUUUUUCUGCGCUUUUCGGGGCCGUUACACUCGCUGCCCCUGACUGUGCUGGGUUUGUGAAUGGGUUCGUGCGCCGCGGCUCCGUCUCCACCUCUGCGCAGGGAGGAUGUGAGUGGGGCUGUGGUAACCACGGCUGCUGCCGAGGUCGAGGAUUAGUGUUCGGGGGAUUAAUUCUUCCAGGAGCAGAAUCAUCCACUGGCUGCGUGUUCAUUUAAUGUUUACCUCUGUGUGUUUUGGGAACUUUCCAGAAGCUGAAGGAUGUUUUCUCUGUUUCUGCCUCUUAAUGUUUGCAUUCACUAAAAAGUGAAGAGAAUCCAUCUCCAGUGACAUCGGCCCAAAAUUGUGAGGAAGAUGCAAAGAACAAACACAGUCAUUGCAGAAUCCAUCAUUUCCACGACUGGACAUGGUUCAUGUUUUAACUUAGGUUGAUCGUUGGUGAAACUAGUCCAGCAGCGGGGAGCCAUCAGUCAGAAGGAUCCGGGACCCGGUGUCAGAUGAGUGAACAUGUCAGACCGGAGCGCCCCGGGCUGCCGGCUCAGACUGGACUGGGUCUACGGGUACCGGGGCCACCAGUGCCGGAAUAACCUGUACUACACGGCCGGGAAGGAGGUGGUGUACUUCGUGGCUGGAGUCGGAGUGGUUUACAACACCAGGGAGCACAGCCAGAGGUUCUACCUGGGACACAAUGAUGACAUCAUCAGCUUGGCGCUGCACCCGGAGCGUUCCCUGGUGGCGACGGGUCAGGUGGGGAGGGAUCCAUACGUGUGUGUCUGGGACGCCUUCACCGUCCAAACCGUGUCGCUGCUGCACGACGGACACACACACGGCAUCGCCUGCCUGGCGUUCAGCGCAGACGGACAGCGCUUGGCCUCGGUCGGCCUGGAUGCCAAGAACACAGUAUGUAUCUGGGAGUGGAAGAGGGGACGGAUCCUGGCUGCAGCCACGGGGCACUCAGACAGGAUCUUCGACAUCUGCUGGGACCCGUUGCAGCAGAAUCGCUUGGUGAGCUGUGGAGUCAAACACAUCAAGUUCUGGUCUCUGUGUGGAAACGCUCUCACUCCUAAGAGGGGGAUUUUUGGGAAGACGGGAGACCUGCAGACCAUCCUGUGUGUAGCUUCAUCUAAGGACGACGUCACGUACUCUGGCGCCCUCAACGGGGACGUGUACGUGUGGAAGGGCCUGAACCUGGUUCGCACGGUGCAGGCUGCUCACGGGGCUGGCAUCUUCAGCAUGUUCUCCUGUGACGAGGGAUUCGCGACAGGAGGCAGAGACGGCUGCAUCCGACUGUGGGACGUGGACUUUAAACCAAUCACCAAGAUCGACCUGCGAGAGGCGGAGCAGGGAUACAAAGGUCUGUCUAUUCGCAGCGUGUGCUGGCGAGCCGACCGGAUCCUGGCGGGAACGCAGGACAGCGAGAUCUUUGAGGUGAUGGUGAGGGACCGGGACAAGCCGCUGCUGAUCAUGCAGGGACACAGUGAAGGCGAGCUCUGGGCGCUGGACCUACACCCUAAGAAACCUCUGGCUGUGACGGGCAGCGACGACCGCUCGGUCAGGCUGUGGAGUCUGGUGGACCACGCCCUCAUCGCGCGCUGUAACAUGGAGGAGGCCGUGCGCUGUGUGGCGUUCAGUGUGGACGGGUCCCAGCUGGCGCUGGGCAUGAAGGACGGAUCCUUCACUGUGCUGAGAGUCAGAGACAUGACGGAGGUCGUUCACAUCAAAGACAGGAAGGAGGUGAUACAUGAGAUGAAGUUCUCUCCGGACGGAGCCUAUCUGGCCGUCGGCUCCAACGAUGGACUGGUGGACAUCUACACUGUUGCCCAGAGGUACAAGAAGGUUGGGGAGUGCAGUCAAUCCUCCAGCUUCAUCACACACCUCGACUGGUCUCUGGACAGCAAGAUACUGCAGAGCAACGACGGAGCUGGGGAGCGACUCUUCUACCGAAUGCCCAUGGGGAAACCGGUCACUAAGGAGGAGGUGAAGGGUCAGCGCUGGGCGUCCUGGACCGGGGUCCUGGGUCCGGAGGUCAGCGGCAUCUGGCCUAAAUAUUCCGAUUCAAGCGAGAUCAACGCCGUGGACGCCAAGCACUCGGCCGCUGUGCUGGUGAGCGGAGACGACCUCGGCCUGGUCAAGAUGUUCCGCUUCCCCUGUCUGAGGAAAGGAGCUAAAUUCAAGAAGUACGUCGGCCACUCGGCCCACGUCACAAACGCGCGCUGGUCCCAUGACCUGCAGUGGGUGCUGACCACAGGUGGAGCUGACCACGCCCUCUUCCAGUGGAGGUUCCUGCCAGAGUCGGCCAUGAACGGAGGCCCAGACGCCAGCAUGCAGGACAGUCACGGCGACUCCAACAGUGAAGAGUCAGACAGCGACAUAUCAGACGUCCCUGAGCUCGACUCCGACAUUGAGCAGGAGACACAGAUCAACUACGACAGACAGGUGUAUAAGGAGGACCUUCCUCAGUUGAGGCAGCAGAGCAGAGAGAAGAAGCAGCAGGUGGGAUCUCUGAAGAGACAGAGGGGACCGGACCAAGGCCUGCGACUGCAGUUUGUUCACGGGUAUCGAGGCUACGACUGCAGGAACAACCUGUUCUACACGCAGGGGGGGGAGGUGCUGUACCACGUGGCAGCGGUGGGCGUGGUCUACAACCGCCAGCUGCACAGCCAGCGCUUCUACCUGGGCCACGACGACGACAUCCUGAGCCUCAGCAUCCACCCACUGAAGGACUAUGCUGCUACAGGACAGGUGGGCCGGGACCCGGCCAUCCACGUGUGGGACAUCCAGACUCUGAAGUGUCUGUCGCUCCUGAAAGGCUUUCAUCAGAGAGGAGUUUGUGCUCUGGACUUCUCAGCUGAUGGAAAGUGUCUGGUGUCAGUGGGGCUCGAUGACGCACAUUCCAUCAUAGUCUGGGACUGGAAGAGAGGAGAGAAACUCGCUACGGCCAAGGGACACAUGGAGAAGAUCUUUGUGGUGAAGUGCAAUCCGAUGCUGAUGGACAAACUGGUCACUGUGGGAAUCAAACACUUCAGGUUCUGGCAGCACGCAGGUGGAGGUCUGACCUUCAAGCGUGGUGUGUUCAGGAGCGUCGGGCGUCCAGAGACCAUGAUGUCGGUGUGUUACGGCCGCAGCGAGGCCCUGGUGUUCUCUGGUUCCGCCACUGGAGACGUUUACAUCUGGAAGGAACCGCUGCUGCUGAAAACCGUCAAAGCCCACGAUGGACCCGUGUUCACCAUGUUCUCCCUGGACAAGGGCUUCGUGACGGGCGGGAAGGACGGGGUGGUGGAGCUGUGGGACGACAUGUUCGAUCGCUGCCUCAAGACCUACGCCAUUAAGAGAGCAGCUCUGUCCCCGAGCUCCAAAGGCCUGUUGCUGGAGGACAACCCGUCCAUCAGAGCCAUCACUCUGGGACACGGUCACAUCUUGGUGGGAACCAAAAAUGGAGAAGUUCUAGAGAUUGACAAGACGGGACCCAUGACUCUGCUGGUGCAGGGUCACAUGGAGGGUGAGGUGUGGGGCCUGGCUCCGCACCCCCUCCUCCACGUCUGCGCCACCGUCAGCGACGACAAGACCCUGCGGCUGUGGGAGACGUCGGCCAACCACCGCAUGCUGGCCGUGCGCCGGCUGAAGCGAGGCGGACGCUGCUGUGCCUUCUCUCCCGAUGGCAAAGCCCUGGCGGUCGGCCUGAGCGACGGCGGCGUGAUGGUGGUGAACGCCGACACGCUGGAGGAUCUGAUGAGCUUCCACCACCGGCGCGAGGCCGUCUCUGACGUCCGCUUCACACCAGACUCUGGGAAGUUCCUGGCCGUGGCGUCUCAUGACGGCUUCGUGGACGUGUACAACGUGCUGAGCAGCAAGAGAGUGGGAAUCUGUAAAGGAGCCUCCAGCUACGUCACUCACAUCGACUGGGACACUCAAGGUAAACUGCUGCAGGUGAACACAGGAGCCAAAGAGCAGCUUUUCUUCGAAGCCCCAAGAGGGAAGAGACGAACCAUCAGGAGCUCUGAGCUGGAGCGCGUGGACUGGGCCAGCUGGACCGGCGUCCUGGGCCCGAGCUGCGAGGGCAUCUGGCCCACGCACAGCGACAUCACCGACGUCAACGCUGCGUGUCUGAGCAGAGACGGGGCGCUGCUCGCCACCGGAGACGACUUCGGCUUCCUCAAGCUGUUCACGUUCCCCGUCAGGGGCCAGUACGCUCGCUUCAAGCGCUACGUGGGCCACAGCGCCCAGGUGAGCAACGUGCGCUGGGCUCAGGACGACGGCACCCUGCUGACGGUGGGCGGGGCCGACACCUCGCUCAUGGUCUGGACCCGGGAGCGCGGGGGAGGACAAACUCUGUUUCAAGACAAUUGCCCGCCUGUGGACAGCGAGGAGUCGGAUGACGACGUGGAGGAGGACGGAGGCUACGACAGCGACGUGGCCCGAGAGAAGGCCGUGGAUUACACCACCAAGAUGUCGGCUGGCAGCAUUAGGGAGAUGAGAGGAACCAAGCCUCAGCAGCAGCCCAAGGAGCCGGCGGCGGCGGAGGAGAGGCCUCCGGUGAGUCGAGCAGCGCCACAGCCAGAAAAACUCCAGAAGAACAACGUCUCAAAGAAGAAGAGAGUUGUUGAGGACCUGGUUUUAGACCACGUCUUUGGUUUCCGGGGCUUUGACUGUCGUAACAACCUGCACUACCUCAACGGCGGCACUGAGAUCGUCUACCACACUGCUGCCACCGCCAUCGUCCACAGCUUCAGCACCGGAACUCAGAGCUUCUACGUGGAACACACCGACGACAUCUUGUGUCUGACGGUCAACCAGCACCCGAAAUACAAGAACGUCAUGGCUACGGGGCAGAUCGGUGACACCAGUGACCUCCCAGGCAGCACUCCGUCCAUUCACGUGUGGGAUGCAAUGAGUAAACAGACUCUGUCCAUCCUCCGGUGUCCCCACGCUAAAGGCGUCGGCUACGUUAACUUCAGCGCCACAGGGAAGCUGCUGCUGUCGGUCGGAGUGGACCCUGAACACACCAUCACAGUGUGGCGCUGGCAGGAAGGAUCCAAAGUGUGCAGUACAGCCGGACACCCAGACCGGAUCUUCGUUGUAGAGUUCCGGCCCGAUUCAGAUUCCCAGUUUGUAUCUGUGGGAAUCAAACACGUGAAGUUCUGGGCGCUGGCCGGAGGUGCGCUGAUGUACAAGAAGGGCGUGGUGGGGACGGUGGAGGGCGGCCGGAUGCAGACCAUGCUGUCGGUGGCCUUCGGAGCUAACAACUUAACCUUCACUGGAGCCAUCAACGGGGACGUGUACGUGUGGCGGGACCACUGCCUGCUGAGGCUGGUGGCCAAGGCCCACACCGGGCCGGUCUUCACCAUGUACACCACCCUGAGGGACGGGCUCAUCGUCACCGGCGGCAAGGAGAGGCCGACCAAGGAGGGCGGCGCCGUGAAGCUCUGGGACCAGGAGAUGAAGCGCUGCCGAGCGUUCCAGCUGGAGACAGGGCAGCAGGUGGAGUGCGUCCGCUCCGUCUGCAGAGGCAAGGGUAAGAUCCUGGUGGGGACGAAGGACGGGGAGAUCAUCGAGGUCGGGGAGAAGAACGCAGCGUCCAACAUCCUGCUGGACAGCCACGGCCGGGGGGAGAUGUGGGGCCUGGCGGCUCAUCCCACCAAGGACCUGUGCGUCACAGCCAGCGACGACGCCACCAUCCGGCUGUGGGACCUCGCAGACAAGAAACUCUUGAACAAGGUGUGUGUGGGCCACGCUGCCCGCUGUGUGAGCUACAGCGCCGACGGGGACAUGCUGGCAGUGGGGAUGAAGAACGGCGAGUUCCUCGUCCUCCUCGCAAACUCGCUCAAGGUGUGGGUGAAGAAACGUGACCGCAGCGCCGCCAUCCAGGACAUCAGGUUCAGUCCGGACCGGCGGUUGCUGGCGGUGGGUUCUGUGGAGAACACGGUGGACGUGUAUGACGUGAGCGGAGGCCCGAGUCUGAACCGACUGGUUUACUGCAGCGACAUCCCAGCUUUCAUCCUGCAGCUCGACUUCUCUGCCGACAGCUAUCAUAUACAGGUGUCCACAGCAGCCUACAAGCGUCAGGUGUUCGAGCUUCCAUCAGGGAAGCUGGUGAGUGACCAGAGCGUCGUGGACAGGAUCACCUGGGCAACGUGGACCAGCAUCCUGGGACAUGAAGUUUUGGGGAUUUGGCCCCGAAGUGCAGACAAAGCCGACGUGAACUGUGCGUGCGUGUCUCACAGCGGCGUGAACGUCGUCACUGGUGACGACUUCGGAUUAGUCAAACUCUUCGACUUCCCCUGCACAGAGAAGUUUGCCAAACACAAGCGCUACCUCGGCCACUCGCCUCAUGUGACCAACAUCCGCUUUUCCCACGACGACAAGUAUGUGAUGAGCACAGGAGGAGACGACUGCAGUGUCUUCGUGUGGAGAUGUCUGUAAACAGGUUCCUGCCAUCGCAAGCGUUUGACCCAAAGCUUGUUAACAACACUACCAGUGUGUCCAGAGGCAACUGAGACGACCCUGAACCACCGGACGGUGCUGUGGCAACAAAGCAUGAAAAGAUUCAAACAAAGACGCCGUCUGUGAUGGAGCACCUCGCUGGACUGGGAGGAGACCACCAGCCUCCAUCCUGUUCCCUCGAAGCCACUGCACCAGCGGACAACCUGCAGCUACAACAAGGAACAAAGAGAAAACCUUCAUGAAACGACAUCUUCACUAGUUACACAGUAAUGACAACAAACCGGGGCCACGAAGUAUUUUUCCUCACACAAACCAUUUGAGUGUUUGCUGUGAAAGUGGUUCUGCUGAUGCACAGCUCAAACAGAUUUGAUGUCACACUGUCAGAGCCCCUCAAGGGUCAGGAGUUACUUUUACCAGUCGGUGUAAGACUGAUGAAUGGACCUUGGUUCUACAACAGUGCAGCUGAAACAUAGUAGAUCAUGUGUCUACGUGGCAAAAGCUGCCACGGGUGAACUGAGCUGGACGCCUAUGACCAUUUUACUGGGUUCUUUAUAAGUAGCUCAGUAAGUAGAGCGUCAGCCUGGAAAGCAGAGCGUUUGAGUCGCACCUCUGGCACCAGGUGUGUCCUUGAGCAAGGCACUAGCUCCCUGGGCGCUGCAUUGUGGCUGCCCACUGCUCCUCCAGGGGUCGGGCACAGGAGCAGAUCAGUUUCCACAGUGUGGGAUCAAAAAGGUUUCAAUGAAUUAAUUAUUCAUGUGCUGGACUCGAGACAGAGGAUGAACAGGUUUGUUUCUUUAUGGGUCCAGAAGCGUAACCACAUUUACACACACGCCAUGUUUCAUCUCAUUCGCCUUCACUGUGUCUGUGGUCGGAGCUCGUGUCACUCAAGUGCCUUCCUGAUCUUUCUACCGGUCUGGUUUCAUAUGCUGUACUGUUUUUGUGUCCAUCACGUUUCAUACUGUCUGGUGCUACACUCAGAAUGUUGACUCAAAAAGCUGUUUCGCUUUGCUGCUGCUUUUUGCUUUAAACACAUGAAACAUGCAACGCAUCAUAAUGAAACUACACUGGAACACCACUUCUGCUUCAAUAAGCCUGUGAAUGAACAGACGUAUAUUAGCUGUUGUGCAAUGUGUCAAAUGUGUGUUUGUGUCACCUGGUUUGUUGCCUGCGACUUCCUGAGCUCAGUCAGACAGUUCCACUGAAGUGAUCCCAGUUUCCUAAGAGAAAAGUAAAGGUUUAUUCAGUGAUGAAAUGUCAUGAACCCCAGAGACGUUGCUUCCUGACAUCAUCACGGUUUUCCUCUGUCCAUCCACUAAAAACCUACUUUCUAAAAGGCCAAUUAGUUAGCAGCUAAAAUUCACCAGACUUUUUAAAUCUUACAGAUCUCCCAAAACUGAUUUUAACCAAUCAGAUGUUUCCUGUACUGAGUAGUGACGCAGACUAAAUAAAAGAAACCAGUUAUUUUAUGAAUAUUGAAUACAUGCCCAACAAGACUAUAAAAAUAUAUGUACAGAGAUGAUGGAACAUCACGUAUCAGACAAUACAAAUGUAUAAGUAAAGACAAGUAAUGAGGUGACACAGACAAACUGGAGAUAAAUGGAGGUUUUAUGCUCAGUUGGGAGGCGAGUCUUCGCUUUGGGGAUGAGUUAUAAAUAAAAACAGGUCAUCAGUAAAAGCUGCAGCAGGAUGAGAGCAUUUCUACAAAGCUGCUAAAGGGAUGUUUUGAAUUUUGGUUUUUGAGAGAGGCAGAUUUUUUUAAGGCUAAGCUCUUACUGUGUAAAAGCCAUAAAUCAAGGCAAUAGUUGGGUUUUAAUUCCUUUGUCUUCUGGUCUUAAACGUACUUUUGCAAAGUGCCUUGAGACGAGACUGUUGUUGUGAACUGGCACUUGGUUAAUAAACUAAAUUAGAUUCUUUGCAUAGAACAGGUUAAUAUUUGUUAAAAUAAAGCAAAUUAAAAAAAAUCCACCAGGUCUCAAUAACAAAUUAAAACAAUCUAUCGCAUAUAUAUAUAUACAUAUAUAUAUAUAUAUAUAUACCCUAUGAAUAAUAAGUGAUGUUUUUAAUGUUUAAAAUAAAAAGUGUAUUUUAUUUUUAUAAUUAGCUAAGUAUUUUGGGAUUAUUAGAGACAAAUUGAGUUGACAGAGAUGAAAAGGUAAAAUGAGUCAAAGCCUGGCGAACAACCAGAGGAAGAAGAUUAAAGCAGAGACAACGAUAACAAAAAUAUAAUUAUUAUUUUGUUGAAUUUGUGAUAAACUAAAUGUUUAAUGUAUAUUUGUUGGAGUAAAACAAAUGUUAAGUAUUUUCUUCCUAGAGAAUUUUAAAGCACAAGUAGCAUCUGUUCGAGUGGUGAGUGGAAGAGAAGCAGCUGCUGCCUGAAAAGCAGAAACACGUCAACGUGGCUUUGAUUUGCUCGUUUGCGCCGUGUCUUCUGAGCAUCAGACACCAAAUCAAACCUGGUGACAUUAGACGUAAAACGAACGUGCAGCGUCAACCGCUAAUGAAAAACGAACGAGCUUGUACAAACAGGACAUUCCCCGCUGCACUGGGAUCAGUUCAGUCUGCAGCGACGUCGUCGUUUACGUCAACGUCCAUGAAAAAAACAGGAAGCAAAGAUCAGACGCAUGAAUUUAUAUUUAAACCAAAUCACUGAGAUUUUAUGGUCUAGAGAGUUUGGUGGUUAAAGUGUGUUUGUGUGUUAUCGAACCCAAUAAAUGAGACUUAGAAACCU